UACAGCACAGAGAUCCAGACAUGAGACCUACAAUCAUCUCAAAGGAGCAGCUCCCUCUCAACAACAAGCUGAGAAAGUCAAGGGUGGAGAAGAUGCGCAGAGAUUGUAUCAACAGCAGCAUCGAGCAGCUCAAGUGUCUUCUGGCUCCAGAGUUCCUCAAGCAGCAGCCUGAUUCCAAGCUGGAGAAAGCAGAUAUCCUGGAGAUGACGCUCAACGUCCUGCAACACCAGUUCACAUGCUGUCAGUCAAGGCUUCUCCAGGUGUGUCGUGAGAUUGUGCACUUCCUGUCCAAAGAUGAGAUGAAGACAGAGAGCCAGAGAAGACUGCUGAAGCACUUCCAGAAGCUGCAGACUUCAUGUGAGCAGAACAGGAGGGAAAGUGUCCUGCCAGACCAGAACACCUUCAGCAAAGAGAUGAAUGUCAACAAAAGCUCCAUCUGGGGGCCUUGGUGGAGCCUUAAAGACUCAGACUGA